AUGUCACAACAACUAGAAUUAUUAACGGAGAAUCCAACGCAAUGGAUAGCAGUGUCAUUUGUUACGCCAGAAAUACAGAAAAAGGAAAUUAAACCGUUUGUUAUUUUGGCUUUAAAGGAGCUAGAAGGUACACCAGACAGACGCACAUCAAGUCUCAUGAGCGCUGACAAGUUUGCCGCUGUCAGGGCUGUCGUUAGGCACGUUGCGAGGCUACGGUCUGAACAAAAAGAAGGCUGGAACCCGGAUGAUGUUAUGACGUUUUUGGAAGGGCUCAGGUUUUCUCCAGAAAGUGCAACAGAACUCGCAAGUCUUCUCUGUACAGAAAAAAUGUAUGACAGCAUACCUUUACACAUGAGGACGAAACCUGGAUUAGUCAGUUUGCAGUGGAAGAUAGAUUUAUCUCUCAGUCAAGCAAAUCUCUCAACGUCACCACAAGAUACUAAAGAAGUACUCCACCGUGAUACGCACAUCAUUCUUCUUCUGAAACUAACAGACGGCUCGUCAAGAACUUAUAGACUUAGUGUUAGUAAAUUUCAUGAAUUUAGAUACGUGAUCGCAAGUGCCUUGAAGAAUAUGAUUGUUUUGGAGAAAAGGAAAUGCAUGAGAAAGGACUGACAUCAGUUUUAUUCUGGGUAAGCUGUUUAUAUUUAGUGUAGCAACUCUAAAUCUUCGGUGAUGAAUGCAGGUGCAUUUAGCGCCCAAUUGUGUCAGUCAACUAACCAAUCAGGUGCGUCACUGAUAGGAUAUUAUAAAAAUAAAAUUGUUUAUUGAAUAACUUAUUGUACAAAGGAAUAACUAAAG